CUGUCACAAAAUCACCGCAGGCAACGCCACCACUAAUGCCGCUGAGUCAGCUAAUACUAUUUUUACAAACUGACCGAUAAGGAUAUUAGCGCCUACGUUAACUAGUAUCUAUAUAUAAUUCAUCUGCUUAAAUAAGGUAACGCUAACUAUCAACUUCCAGCAGAACUAGCUGUUACGUUGCAUGUUGGAAAGCAUGUGUAGUGCGAUGCUUUUUAAUGUCUGUCGAUUUCAACUUCUAAAAUAUAGAUAAAUAGAUUUAUUAUAACGAACAAGUCUUGACGUUAGCUGAUUGAUGAGCGGGUAAUGGGGUUCUAAAAUAAAAACAGAAAAUGCUGGAAAUACAAAGCAGAUCAGGCCGUAUCUGUGGGAAGAGGAAAUCGGGUUAACGCUUCAGAUCAAUAUCUCACCACAAUCCAACAUUGUAUGUCAAAAGCAAACAGAAGAAAUUCUACUUUUAAUCUCUUCGUUUAGGUCAUUUUUGUGGAUUGUAGGAAGUGAAGGACUGAUUCCAGAUUGAGAAAGCUGUGAACAAGUUACUAGCAAGCAGUUAUCUAAAGCUGAUUGAAGACCAAAGACCCAGUAUGGCAGAAAGUAAAGCCACUAGUGUAUUGAGCUGGGAUCAAAUCAGCAGCUUGAAUGAUGUCCUUACUGAGGUGGUACUUAUUCAUGGCCGUGGGAAUUUUCCAACAUUAGAAGUCAGGCUGAAAGAUGUGGUUAAGACUGUGAGAAACAGGCUUUUGGAAAGUGGGAUUCCAGUUCGUGACAUCCGUCUUAAUGGGUCAGCAGCUAGCCAUGUCCUAGUAAAGGAUAAUGGCUUAAACUACAAAGAUUUGGACUUGAUUUUUGGGGUUAAUUUACCAGGAGAACUCGAAUUCCAGAUGGUAAAAGAUGUGGUCUUGGGUUGCCUGUUGGAAUUUCUUCCAGAAGGUGUCAACAAGGAACGAAUCACACCGCUUACACUCAAGGAGGCUUAUGUGCAAAAAAUGGUAAAAGUUUGCACAGAUACAGACCGCUGGAGCUUAAUCUCCCUCUGCAACAACAGUGGAAAGAACAUAGAGUUGAAAUUUGUGGAUUCCCUCCGUCGCCAGUUUGAGUUCAGUGUUGACUCUUUCCAGAUCAUCUUGGAUUCCCUUCUAUUUUACUAUGAUUAUUCUGACAACCCAAUGAGUGAGCACUUUCACCCAACAGUGAUUGGAGAGAGUGUAUAUGGGGACUUUGAGGAAGCAUUAGGUCACCUCAGGAAUACACUAAUUGCAACCAAGACUCCAGAGGAGAUCAGAGGAGGAGGACUGCUGAAGUACUGUAAUCUUCUGGUGAGAGAGUUCAAACCAGCCAGUGAAGAGGUGAUCAAAUCCUUGGAGCGAUACAUGUGUUCUCGCUUCUUUAUUGAUUUCCCAGACAUUAGUGAACAACAAAGAAAACUGGAAGUGUAUCUCCAGAACCACUUCAUCGGCGAGGAGAAAAGCAAAUAUGACUACUUGAUGAUCUUGAGAAAUGUUGUGAAUGAGAGCACUGUCUGUCUGAUGGGACAUGAAAGGCGCCAGACUCUCAACCUCAUCAGCCUUUUGGCUCUCAGGGUGCUGGCAGAGCAGAACAUCAUCCCCAGUGUUACCAAUGUAACUUGCUAUUACCAGCCUGCUCCAUAUGUCAGUGAUGCCAACUUUAGCAACUACUAUGUAGCACACAGUACCACCUCAUACCAACAGUCAUACCCUACUUGGCUUCCAUGCAACUAAUAAGCAAUGUUAUGUUCACAGUUGACUUGUGUGCAGAUUGAUGCAGUUCAACUUGCCUUAAUGGCUUCUUUCAUUCACAUUAGCUGAGAAGGGAGCAAACCUGUGGCUGUUGUACAUGUUGCAUGUAUUAAACUGCAAUGACAAUACAAUGAUAAUAUGCACACUAAUUUUUGGUGUAGGGAAAAUCCAAAAACAAAUGGCACUACAUUGUUUGGAACAUCUAAAGGAGACUCGUCUCUAGCAAGAGUCCUGAUUGUACACUGUGUCAUACUGUUCUGGAAAUGAAACUUUUGCUUUCUAUGAAGGGAGUUCAAAAAGAAUGUUUAUCUUUCAAGCUGUAUUGUAAAAAUAUUUUUAGAUCAAAAGUACAAGUAAGCAGUUUGCAAAAUACUCCAAAAGGAGACAAAAAAACUUUAUCUAAUGGUGAAUAAAUAAAGGGGCUGCACAUUGAGCAUUUAUCACAACUUUUUUUUUGAUUUAGUAGGUUACAGACAGAAAUUUAUUGUGCUUAGCUUUAAUAAGCAAUUUCUGAAGUAGAUUGUCGGGGGUGUUGUUGGGAGAAAAGAAUUGUUAUAUUAUGGGGGUGUUAAGCUGCCAAAUGCCAAUUCAAAACCAAAUUGCAUAAUUUGGUUGGUUAAUUUGCAUGUAACCUAGGCUCUUAGUAUCCUAAGAAAUUGUGAUCUGAAUUUAUGCCUCCUGAAUAAAUAACAAAAUCUUCCAUUUCAAAACUUAAGGGAGAACAAACCUUUGACAAAGCAUUUGAAUGAUUUUCAGAACUGUCACACUCGCUUAAUCAUACUAAGCUAAUCAGAAAAUAGAGAUGAGAGUUAGAUGAUACUCUGCCAAUUUAGUUCAUGUUUGUGAGUUCAGUGUGUUUCCUUUGAGUUGAGUUAGUGUUGAAUUAUUUUUGGUGCUGAAAAUUGCGCUACUGCUUUUGUUGAUUCUGCACCGUGAGUGUUUUUGUUUUUGGUUGCAUGCAUCAGCCUUUUAAACUAAAUAACAUUCCCAGGCAAUGAAAAUGUAGGGAAAUGAUUGUACUCUUCUUUAAUUCAGUAAAGCAGGCUUCAGAGGGUAUGGGGACUACAGGUGUCAAUUUUGCCCUAUGUUCAGUGAGUAUACUGGAGUCAGGACGGAUGAAGCACAAUUUAAAGUCUGUCAGAAGCUUUAUUCACAGAAUAAAAAAAACAGGUGGAGGAAAAAUCUCUUGCAGACAUUGCUGUCUAAAGCUAGGAUAUUGCUGAUAAGAAAACUGUCUUUUCUGUGGAUUUGGAUCACUUUGAAUAAGUUUUGUAAACUAUGCAUCAAGAUGGCAUUUGAAAUUUGAUUUGCACUUCGCCUCAGGCUGAAGUUUGGUUCUUGUUCGUUUUGCUUUCCAAGGUGAUGUGAGAAUUGUUCUUUUGACCAUUUGCAGCAAACUGAAGAUUCUUGGAGUGUUGAAAACAAAUAAAUGUUAUUUGUCAUCUGGCAUUAAUAACUCCUUUUAAAUACUGCAAGCAAUUUAAAGCAGAAAGGAUAUUCAGUUUAUAAAUUCUUUUUGCAUGGCACAUUAAAUAAAAAGUCAACACCAGGCAUAAUAUAGAACUUGUUUUUUUUUAAAGAAAACGGUGGUGAGGUUUUGUCUUUAAGACUUCAUUAUACUAAUAAGGUGAAAAAUGUAGUCAGUGUAGAAAUCCUGGUCCAGUGUGCAUUCCAGAUCCAGUGUGAACAUAGUAUUGCUGUACUUUAAAUGCAGGGGACAAAAAAUAUUGGCAAUUUGUAUCUUUUUAAUAAAAAACUGUGUAUUUCCAAACACCAGCUCUAGAAUACAUGGAAUUGAAAAUAGGAUAAACUUUGCAAAUGGAAAAGCUUUCCAUCUAUUUUUGAUAUUUAUUUUUCACUGCCCACCAAGAAGUACAAUUUCAUCAAAAGUGCUCAGGGUGUGCAAAUAGAAAAUGCAACUCGUAUUAUGACCGUUGGAGUUGAGAGUUGUGAUAAAAUGAAUUGAAGUGCGUUGUACAAAAUAUGAAUAUUGCAACAUCUAUCACAAAUAUUUAUCAAUGUUUGGCAGUGAAUCCUGGUUUGAAAUGUAUGUGUGAAAAGAAAUGUGCCCAAUCUCUGGAACACAUUUUUGCAUAUGGAAAAUGGAGUAUUCUGUGAAUUUUAAACUCACUUUAGAUUCUCUCUUGCACUGGGAGUUCUAUAUAUUGUUGACUUUUGUUGCAAUGUAUACAAGCAAUGCCAGACUCCUAAUAUCUUGCACAAUUUGGUGAGGUUGUUAACGAGUUGCUAUAUCUUGGGGCAUUAUAGCUACACCCGGUCCUGUCCUCCAAAUAAACACAUAAUUAUGCACUUUGAGAGAGUCACUAGUAAAUGACCUGAAUUGGAAAUGUGGACAUAGGAGGUGAUGGUCAGUGGAAGGGGGGAACACAGGCUAAAUAGUGAGGUAAUAGUACUACAGAUAGUCAAACCUGGGGUACUCCUGGUCUUCAUGGUUUGUUGUAAUCACAUAGUGGAUUUAACUAAAACAUUAUCACAGCUAGAGAGGGUAUUUCUGUGGAUCUACAAGUAUGCUCAGUCUUGUGGGUGCUUUAUGUUGCAUUAAUAAAUAUGCAGCUAAAUGAGACUCAUUAAUGCAUUCAGGAUUAUGUAAAUGCCAGUACAAAUGAUAUACUGGAAUUCUUGUGCAGUGUACAUUUUUGUUUGGGGUUUUACACUCAAACCAGUUAUCCUGCAAGAGCCUGAGAAUGAAAUGAUAAUGACCUAUCUCAACCCAUUUAUUUUUCCAUUUCAUGCUGGUAUAUGGUAAAGCAUGAAUGUUGGGACUGAGACCUCUCUGGAGUUUGAAGUUGCAUUUUUAUUUCCAGAUUUAAUGAGCUGUUAUUGGCAGUGUUUGUAUAUUAAAUUUGUUUUCAGAUUUUGCUGCUGUACGUGCUUUGUACAAACCAAAGAACCUGUAGACUUUUGGUCCCUAUUUGACAAUAAAGACUAUCUGA